AUGGUCAGCGGACUUAGGACGGACACUCCUGGCACAAUCGCAACAGACCAAGUGUCUGCGUUAACGGGGAGUCCUAGGACGAACCGCCUGCAUGAUCUUUUCCCAGGAGGAGCAGAAGCUCGAUCUCUCAAAGAGAUGGUUAGCAAACUCCUGGAAGUCGUCAAAGCCGGAUUACCGCUUGCGAACAAAUCAAAAAUGGCGCAGAAAACAUCGAUUGAUGUUGGAACUGCAGCAGACAUCCUAGUUUUAACAGGAGCUGUGUACGAUCAAGUCAUGCUCGAGGAUGCUCGUCGUAGCUUUACGACCCCAGCAGCUCUUGCUGGGUCUGAGCCAAAGAGUCGCCCCAUUAUAUUCAAGGGAAAGGCAACCGACGACACAUUAGCGGCGCUAUCCGAGCAAAUGGCCUACUUGACAUCGGCAGUAGAAAACCUACAGCCAAAACAACCACAAAAGAAAGGACUCACGGUCCCUUCUUAUGCAUUAGCUGCAUCCAAACAUGCACCCAACACCACAACUGCUAGCCAAAACACAAAUCAGGCUAGAACACAAACACCAAAGAUGGCUUCAAAAGUCAGACCGACAAACAUGAUAACAUUAGUGCAUGAACCGGGGUCGGAGAUUUCCCACCCAGGCCUGUCCAAUGCAAACCUCAUCAAUAAGCUUAAUCUGGUAUUUAGAGCCUUCAAAAUUAAGGUCAAACCCGACGAUGAAAAUUUUAUUGAAAUCAAAAGUGUGCGACGCCAUCCAUCGAACGAUAUUGAUAUAUACUUUGAAACGGCUACACUUGCUACAAAGGUCAAAGAAUUCUCCUGA